AUGCCGGCUCUCACGCGUUCACAAACCAGUGCUACUAGGAUGGCAGCAGACCGAAGGGGGAAAGAGCAGCCAAACGUGGCGCUUUUCUAUACGUGGCGACUCACAUAUAACGAAGUCAUUGUACCUCUCUAUCCCGGGAGGAAAGCAGAAAGGCCCGAACGGUUCCACAGGGAACAACACCGAAAGGUGGCAGAGAAAAAGGAGGAGUUCAUAAGGGCUAGAGACUAUGACGGGUGGGAUGCGUGGGUAGAUGAAAGGAAGAAGUUUGUCAGGGCAUGGUACGAAAAAACAAGUGACCUUGUAAAAUGGGUACGGAAACUGGAAUGUGAAUACGAACAGGAAUUACAAAGGCUUCAAGAUGUCCGUACAGAAGGUGGUUACUCUAACAGAUGGAAGACGUUGUUCAAUAGAAUAAAGCCCCUUGAUGAAAAAGAUUGGAACAAACAUUUGCCGCACUUGCUUAGAGACCUUGAAAGUGCCCGUAAGAACCGCCUCCGCCUUGAAGCUCAUAAACGGUAUCAGCAACGCCAAAAAUCAAUUAAAGACUGGUUUACUUCAAAGCCCGCAAUCAAUGUAUACAUCAAGCUAUGCUGGAAAGAUAAAGACAGCCAUAUGGAGUCCGAGAUUGGAUUAGAAAGGAAGCCAAUUAAAUCUCUUCAUUCCGAGGUUGUGGGGAAGCAGCAAGACUAUGUACUCGAAAUUAGAUCUUAUCCAGUGGAUCCUUUCAGGUACUUGUGCACACCUUACAAAAUUCAUGGGGCGUCACAUAUCACGGAUCUCAUUUCUUGCGACCAGCCUAUGGACAAGUUUUGGACUGACUUCACAGACAAACGUGUGGAUAUAGUAGAACAACUCUACAAGGGCCGAGUUUGUAUAAUUCAGGAGGAUCUCAUCAAAAAGAUACCUGAUGAUUUAGUACCAGUAGACGUCCAGACUCCCAGUUUUUAUUUGCAGGGUCAUAUUGGCUCUGGAGACACCUCGAUCCCGGACGAUCCUCUUUCUAUCAACUUGAGGAAACUGCUUCGCGCUGACGUAGUGCUUAAAAAAGAAGACAAGAGCAUGUACUAUCCUGAAGGAUUGGACGCUUGGACCCUGGAAGUGUUUAGAAGUUCGGUGCGCUAUGAUCCGGAGUUAUCCAAGAUUGCAAAGGCUCUGCUCAACACACUUCAACACCCCAACGCUUGUUAUCUCGAAAUGAGGCCCUCGGCAAGGUCUUCCUCUGUGGGCGCUGCACCAGAGAACCACACUAUCAUACAUGGAAUGGCAUUCUCGACCAUUACAUGCGGGAGUACGGAGUCCAUGAACACGCAUGAUACCGACAGGAUCGAUGAUGAGAACCCGUUGGUGCAUGUAGUCCCCGUCGCCAAGCAAGAGCCGGUCCCGACUGCCGGCACAAUUGUUUCCAUGUCAAGAUUCCUUGUACCUCUCUAUCCUAGGAGCAAAGCAAAAAGGUCCGAGUGGUUCCAUCGGGAACAAUAUCAAAAAAUAGUAGAGAAAAGGGACGAGUUCCUCAAGGUUGGCGACGAGGAGGGAUGGAACGUAUGGGUGGACGAAAGAAAGAAAUUUGUUGAGACAUGGUACGAAAAAACACGUCCCCUUGUGAGGUGGGUACGCGACUUGGAGCUUGAAUAUGAAGAAGAGCUACAAAGGCUAAAGGAGGCCCGUAAAACAGAGAUUGAAUCUCGGCUACUGAAGCUAGGCUGGUAUAUGACUGACAUCCACGAGGCCAGCGAUUACUCCAAUAGGUGGAAGGCAUCGUUCAACAAAACAAAGCUUCUCGAUGAAGAAGAUUGGAAUAAAAUAUUGCCUCAUUUGCUCGAAGGCCUUGAAAAGGCUCGUGCUGACCGCCUUCACUCCGAAGCUUUCCACCGACGUUCCUGUCGUGAAAGAUUGAUCAGUAGAUGGUUUUGUUCAAAUCCCUCAAUCAGCUUACAUGUCAAUCUCUGCUGGAAAGACAAAGACAAUCGCAUGAAGUCCGAGGCGGAAUCAGCAGAAGCGUCAAUUACAUCCUUUCAUUCGGAGGAUACCGAGAAGCAAGACUAUACACUUGAAAUUAAAAAUUAUCCCGCGGGGCUUUUCAGAUACUGGUCAAGUUCAAUUUUACGCAGUUAUGGGCAGUCAUAUUUAGCGGAUCUCCUCGACCAAGACAAGACUAUGGACGAGUUUUGCAUCGAAUUUAAAAACAAACGCGGAAAAAUAGCGGAGCAGCUUUACAAGGGCUGGAUCUGUAAAAUACAGGAGGAUCUUAUUGGAACAAUACCUGAGGACUUGGGUCAUAUCGGCUCUGGAGAUACCUCGAUCCCAGACGAUCCUCUUUCCGUCAACUUGAGGAAACUGCUUCGUGCCGACGUAGUGAUCAGAAUCGAACAAAUGAGCGCACAUUAUUCCGGAGGAAUCGAUUGCUGGACUUCAGAGUGGGGUAUGGGGCAGUACGAUCCAGUCUUGUCCAAGAUCGCGAAAGCUCUACUCCACACACUCCAGCACCCCAACGCUUGUUAUCUCGAAAUGAGGGCCCUCGGCAAGGUCUUCCUCUGUGGGCGCUGCACUAGAGAACCACAAUAUCACACAUGGAAUGAUAUUCUCGACCACUAUGCACGGGAGUAUAGAGACCAUGAACAUGCCUGUAGAAGGAACAAAAGGGCUUCCGAAUCGGGCAGAGAGAUCGAGAUAGUGUUUAGGCAUGAUACCGACAGGAUCGAUGAUGAGAACCCGUUGGUGCACGUAGUCCCCGUCACCAAGCAGGAGCUGGUUCCGAUUGCUGGUGCAAUUGUUUCCAUGUCGGGAUGCAAGCUCUGCGUUGAGAUUGGACAUUAUUAUAAAACGGAGGCCACGCAGAUCACGAAGCAUAUAAAGGAGGUGCAUUUAAUUGAGGAGCCUGUAUUGGGAGAGCAUUACACUGAGCCAACCCAAUAUAGGGUGUAA